AUGAGAAAAACAACAUUAUGUUUCUUUAUUGAUAGUGAAAAUCAAAAUAUUCUAUUAGCACUAAAGAAAAGAGGAUUUGGUGCAGGAAAAUUUAAUGGACCUGGAGGAAAAGUAGAAUCUACAGAUUCGUCAAUAGAAAGUGCAGCCAUCAGAGAAUGUAUAGAAGAGGUUGGAUUGAAACCUAAAGAGUCAACAGAAUGUAGUGUUUAUCAAGUAAAUGAAUGGACAGGUGAACUUGUGGAAUCAGAAGAGAUGUCACCUCAAUGGUUCAGUUUAAAUGAACCACUGCCUCUAGAACAGAUGUGGGAAGAUGUUAAAAUAUGGUUUCCUCAUUUUCGUGCACCUAUAGAUAGCUCGGAUGAUCUAUCAAAUCCAUUCGAUUUCACUUUUCAUAUUAAUAUUGAUUAUAUUUUAAAAAGUUAUACAAAUAAUAUAAAUAAUAUAGAGUAUAUGAUAAAUAAAUAA